AUGUACUUCUUCCUCCUCAACCUCGCCCUCCUUGACCUGCGUGCCAUCUCCACCACUGUCCCUAAAGCCAUGGCCAACUCCCUCUGGGACACCAGGGCCAUUUCCCACCCACGAUGUGCUGCUCAGGUCUUUCUGUUUACCUUUUUGAUAUCAGCAGAAUUGUGUCUCCUCACUGUCAUGGCCUAUGACCGCUACGUUGCCAUCUGCAAACCCCUGCACUACGGGACCCUCCUGGGCAGCAGAGCUUGUGUCCACAUGGCAGCAGCUGCCUGGGGCUGUGGGUUAGUCACUGCUGUGCUGCACACUGCCAAUACAUUUUCACUACCCCUCUGCCAAGGCAAUGCUGUAGACCAGUUCUUCUGUGAAGUCCCCCAGAUCCUCAAGCUCUCCUGCUCGGAUGCCUACCUCAGGGAAGUUGCGGUACUUGUGGUUAGUGUCUGCUUAGCAUUUGGAUGUUUUGUUUUCAUUGUGCUGUCCUAUGGGCAGAUCUUCAGGGCUGUGCUGAGGAUCCCCUGCAAGCAGGGACAGCACAAAGCCUUUUCCACGUGCCUCCCUCACCUGGCUGUGGUCUCCUUGUUUGUAAGCACUGGUAUGAUUGCCUGCCUGAAGCCCCCCUCCAUCUCCUCCCCAUCCCUGGACCUGGUGGUGGCAGUUCUGUACUCAGUGGUGCCUCCAGCUGUGAACCCCCUCAUCUACAGCAUGAGAAACCAUGAGAUCAAGGGUGCCCUGAGAAAACACUUGCUGGUCACCCCAGUUUUACAGAAUCACAGACACGUUGUGAUUGGAAGGGACCUCUGGAGAUCAUCCAGUUCAACCCCCUCAGCUGAGGAAGGCUCAGCUAGAGGACUGCAGCUUUUGUUCUUGGUGGGAACCUCAUUCAUCAUGAUGUUGCCACCUGCCAUCUACUCCAGCAUGCCUCUGCUGAGAAGCAAAGCCUUUCUAGACAAGGGCUCCUAUUACUUGGUAGAGGCUUUCCUUGUUACGAGUCUGCCCUUGGCCCUGGAGCCACAUCUGAGGUGCUGCAGUCCUAAUGGGCAUCAAAGACCACCGCCUGCGGCGCAGACAGUGGGAACCCUGUGUGCCAUGACAGAGCUGUGA